UCUUCGUUUCCAUCUCUGUUUUUAGGUCUUACUCUGUCAUUGCUUAUCACCUACAUGAGUGCUGUAGCUACAUGAUUCCAUGGAGACCCCAAAUGAAGUGAUGUCGUACUCAUCCCUCUCCAAAAUCGAUAGCUACUACAGCCAGACAGCUCCUAUGUCCGAUCUAGCUCCAGGAAACACUUACCCGGUGCAUGACUAUCUCUAUGAGCCAUCUCUGGAACCAGACUUUCCAUCUGAAUAUGGUUCAAGAGAAGAUCCGUUCCCUACAGCUCAUGCUAGUUCAACUAUCAAUCUGAAGACCGUGCUAGGUGGUCUUGCUGCGAUUGUUUCGCGUCCAAGCAAGAUUGGGGAUGAUGCAUCACGGCAGCAAAGUUUCAGCACAGAUGUAUCAUUUCUAGGCGCUGGCAAGGAUGGUGACUUGCAUUCAUCUGUCUGCGUUCCGAGUGCACCACCGCUACUUGAAGCAAAUGCUUUACAGUUCAGUGCAUACAGAGAGGUGCUCCAGGCAGAUCCCCCGGAAUGGUUACCGGAUAGCUCUGCCAGUGUAUGCCUGCAGUGCAGCUUUCCUUUCACAGCUCUGACUCGUGGAAGGCACCAUUGCCGCUUCUGUGGAGGUAUAUUCUGCAAAGAAUGUUCCAAGGGAAGAUGCUUGAUGCCCAUGAAGUUCAGACUGCGUGAUCCUCAGAGAGUGUGUGAUGCUUGCUACGACAGACUUGAUCCACUCCAGGCCUUAUUGAUCAACUACAACAGUAAUGCCAUGCAGCCUGCCAAACAUGACGUCAUGGAUUGGACAAGUACGAGGAGCUGGUUGAAUUUGCCUGUUGGAUUGUCAAUGGAGUAUGAAAUAUACAAGGCAACAAACACACUGAGGAAAUAUUGCCAGGUUUCUAGAUUAAAUCCUGAGAAGUCAAUCCCAUCAUCUAUCCUCAAGGGAGCAAAGGGGCUUGCUGUGCUCACAGUGGCCAAAGCAGGUGCAGUUCUUACAUACAAAAUGGGCACUGGUCUUGUAGUUGCUCGCCGAUCAGAUGGAUCAUGGUCUGCGCCAUCAGCGAUUUUAUCUGUUGGAUUGGGAUGGGGAGUGCAGAUUGGAGGAGAAUUGACAGAUUUUAUAAUUGUGCUUCAUGAUCUUAAAGCUGUCAAGGCAUUCAGCAGCCGCAUGCAUCUUUCUCUUGGGGCAGGAUUGAGUGCAGCAGCAGGACCAAUUGGCAGAGCCCUUGAAGCAGAUGUUCGAGCAGGUGAAAAAGGUUCUGGGAUAUGCUACACUUAUAGCUGCAGCAAAGGUGCCUUUGUUGGGGUCUCUCUUGAAGGAAAUGUCGUGACAACCAGAUCAGACACCAAUCUGCGCUUCUAUGGGGACGCCUACUUGACCACGACCGAUAUCCUGUUUGGGAGGGUGGAGAAGCCCAGAGCCGCGCAACCCUUGUACUCGGCUCUAGAUGAUCUGUUCUCAAAAAUGGUUUGCUAGUUCUAGCCAUGGUAGUCUCAGGAUUCAGUGGUGUACAUAUAUACAUCUAAAAUAUGCUAGGAACAGUCCUUGGGAGAAAAUAUCCCAGAAAAAAAUGUACAGCUUUUAUUGGGUGGGUUCACUGCAAGUAUGUGUCCACGCAUGUAAAUAUUGUCAGGAUAUCAGUAUGUUAUCCGCCGUCGUGGCUUGAUUAUUGCAGUGUGAUGCUGUUAAAAUAUUUCGCUCU